AUGCAGGAGGCUGGUUACAUUCCAGAGACUAGAUUCGUGUUACAUGACAUAGAUCAGGAAGGCAAGGAAGAUGCUUUGCUUGCCCGUAGUGAGAGACUUGCUGUAGCUUAUGCCCUCCUCAGCAGCCCAGCUCGUUCAUCUAUUAGGGUAAUCAAGAAUCUUCGUGUUUGUGGUGAUUGCCAUAAUGCAUUGAAGAUUAUUUCAAAAAUUGCAGGCAGGGAACUCAUCAUGCGAGAUGCUAAGAGAUUCCACCAUUUCAAAGGGAGAGGGAGAGAGAGAAAGAGGAGGAAGAGAAGGGAGAGAGAGGCAAAAGGUGGGUCUGUGAGGGGGGAAGCGCGCAGGCAGAGUGAGAAUGCAAGGUGCAGCCACGUGGCUUUAUACUAUUGGAUGUGUGUGCUCCACACACGUGCCACAUCAACAACUUAA